AUGGAAAAGCAAAAAUGUAAUGGGGACUGCCGGGCGGGCGAGCAGGGCAAAGCAGAAAUGCAAUGGGUGCCGGGUGGCGCAAAUGGGCAGCAUAAUUUUGCUGGAAUGGAUGACUGGUUUUCUGCUCGAAAUUCGAAUGAGCACCGACAAAAUGCAUUAGGUUGUCAAAGAUACAACUCUGUCGCUGCUAGAAAGCGCUUCGUUAAAGAAACCGGCGUUAGAUGGUCGUGGCAGGGCAUGGAAAAGCAGAAAUGUAAUGGGAUGUUUUGUAUUGAAGUAUCUAGAGAGGAAGUUACAGAAGGAGGAGUAGUAGUUGUAGUAUUAGCAGGAGGAGCAGAAGCACCGGGUACAUUGGUAAUUUAUCCGAUAGCGUUAGCUAAAGAUGCACGAUGUCCAUAG